AUGACGAAACGCAUCGAAUUUUGUAAGACUAUCACGGAAAUGUUUGAAGCCGAAGAACUUGAUGAGAAAAUGAUUAUUUCUUCCGAUGAAGCACAUUUUUGGAUGAAUGGGUACGUAAACAAGCAAAAUUAUCGGUUUUGGGGAACGGAAAAUCCUAACAUAUCGUUAGCGAAGUCCCUUCAUCCACUUAAAGUAACGGCAUGGGCAGCGAUUUCAGUAAAAGGGAUUUAUUUGCAAUUCUUGGAAUCUACGGUAACAGGAGAGAGUUACAAACAGCUUUUGGAAACGAAAUUCUUUCCUUAUGCAAAAAAGAGGGGACUGGUUAAAAAUUUUUACUUCAUGCAAGAUGGAGCGACGCCGCACCGUACUCAUGAGGUGUUUGAAGCUAUUAAUCGCGUAUAUGAGACUCGAGUAAUCGGUCUGGGAUACCCUAAAUUUGUUCAAGGCGGACUAGAAUGGCCUCCGUACUCACCGGAUCUAAACCCUUGUGAUUUUUUCUUGUGGGGUUAUAUAAAAGAUCAUUGUUACGCUAAAAACCCCAGUACAGUAGAAGAACUGAUCGCGGCCAUCCAGAAAGUGGUUCGCGGCAUUACGAACGAUAUGUUGGUGUGA